AUGGAGCAGAGAGUGCCCCAAGGGCUGGUGAGGUUGUCCCAGAUAUCCCCCGGUGGAAUUCAAGGACACGAGAAGCUCGACACGGUGGUCACCCAAAAGCUCUGGAGAGUCUUUCAAGCAUCCCGGCGAGCCAGUCAUAGCCAGGCCGAUCAGAGACUGGAAUACCUCUUCUGGCGGAUCUGGGGCAAUCAGGUUGCCACCAAUACGGUCACCGUCCAGAGGUUGGAUCGCCUGGCCUCACGCAUCAUGGCACCUGCAGAACCGCUGCGGGCUCGCAAGCUUACCAACUGGCAACCGUUCCUCAUUCGUGCCACCGGAUUAACAAUCCAUCCUCAAACAGACCCAAUCGGCUCCGCCAUUGACCCACCCCACGAUGACAUCGUCCCCGCGAGGUCUCAACCGGCAAAUGACCUAAAAACCCCUCUCCACCCAAUCCUCAAGAAACCGAACAACGCGCACAGCGAACCCCAGAAAACAACCCGUCUCCUCCUCGAGACGCCCGGCGGCGGAAGUAUCACCCGGAAUCCCUCCAACCCGCCCACCCCUAAUAUGCCAGACUUGGGGCGCAAGGACAGCACUGCCGGCAAACCGGGGUCCAAGAAGACAUACCUCACGGCUGCUCGGACCAGCCGAGGAUCCCGCCGUCGACCUGUUUUCAACCGCCGCAAGUCCUCGCAGUCCUCCGUCCUGAAAACAUCGGACCCGUCAGAUACUCGAGAAUCCCAUCCAGAUCCUGCAGGCACGCUUGACCCCAUGUACGAAGACGGCAGCGCCCUCGCCCGUCUAAAUCGGAUGCCACCACAGAAUGUGCAAAGCAGUCUAGACGUCGAAGCGCCGUGGACAGACCUGGACCAAUUCGAACUGACGCCAAUUGCCCAGCCCAGCAACCCGGUGGCACCGGCCAACACAAGCCUCGUCUCGAAUAAUUUGCCCUCGUCGAAAGACCCCGCCCCCGACCCCGCCGUCCUCGCCAUGUCCCACAAGAAAGACCCUGUUCUCCCCCAAGAAAUAGAGACGGUGAGUCCCGGCCUCGGGUCCCAAGACCCAUACCCAGCCCCACAGGAUGCUGAACCCCAGGACCCCAGUUCCUCUGAGACCGCCGCACACAUUGAAGGCACCGAUGUACCUGGAUUCCCCGGCGCAAAGUGUAUCCCCAUGCCCGAAAGCAUGAUAACUGACCUCGUCAACCUCCUAACCCGCCCCGAGCCGCUACAGGAACAGGUCGCCCUCCGCCAUCGCCCGUCUUUCAUAUCUGAGCAUAUGUGGCGCCGGAUUGCCUCGCAGCCAGUCCUCGACGAGUGGGCGGUUGCCGAGGAACACUCGUGUGCGCAGCCGCAGCCGUCGGACCGGCCGGUAGUGCUGAGCGGAUUCCGCGCACGCUUUGCGAAAGCCGUCGAGGAUUCGAUUGCGGAGCAUAAAUCGACUACGCCCUCGGCUGGGCCUUCGCCGGUGGUAGAGGCGGAGCCAGAUACUUGGCACGAUUCUUGGUGUGAGGAGUUCCAUUAG